AUGCUGUCGACAUUAGUGCGAACAAGUCGGGCUGUAGUACAUGGUCGACUUUAUACCACGGCCACUGUCACGGAAGCGGCCAAAGAAACCAAAAGACUUGUCUACACAACCCCCAAUGCGGCUCUCGUCCGGUUCCUGAAACUGUUCUCAGUGUCAACACUUGGUAUCUCUUCUUUAUCAGCUCCGGCGGUCAUGUACUUUUGGGACUCGCCUGCCAUUCAAGCAUCGGGUAUUAACGAGUACAUGUUUCUCGGUGCUCUCGUUGCCAGUACUUGCUCUACCGGGGCGCUCCAUUAUGUCUUGUCCCCUUUUGUCAAUAAUAUUUAUCUGCAUACAUCCUCAUCCCCUUCGGCGAAAAAAGAAAUGAAUGCCAUCUCGCCCAACACCGUCAUCACACUCGAAACACUGGAUAUCGCAGCUCGACGCAAACAAACGACGCUGCCCCUGCGGAAUUUAGCCCCAGCUCCCGGCAUUUUUUCUACGUGGAAAGUCCCCAAGAAAGUAUUGCAGAAACAGCUGGCUCAGGAACAACGGACCGGCGCUUCUUCGCCUAUACGCCAAACUCGUUUCUGGCUGGACCAGCGUGGGCUGGGCGAUCAACAGGCGAUGAGCAACAUUGUACGUGUGAUUCAAGACAACGAUCGUCGCCGACGACUCGUUUGA